AUGCCUCUUCGUGGAGCUGGCUGCCUCGUUGUGCUAGAAGUCGUCACCAUGCUCAAACUCAUCCCAUACUUGUACUGGUUGGGAAUCGUCCUAGCAAUGCCACACGAGAACAAGGGUGGCCCCGAGAAACCACCCCAUCUCGACGGGCGCAUCGUCGGUGGCAACACCACGUCCGUCGCCCAUUUCCCCUACCAGAUCUCACUUCAACACAACGACAGGCACGUCUGCGGGGGCUCCAUCAUCAAUUCUCAUUGGGUCCUGACUGCUGGUCAUUGCAUGAUCCACCCCCUCUCUGAAUACUCCGUGCGCGCUGGCAGCAACACUCCCAACGCCAAUGGCUCCAUCUACAACGUGUCUAGAGCGGUGCGCCACGCCAGAUUGCCGGUACCUUCGAAUUUAGCCCCAAAGUGCAAGCCAUCCCCCUGGCGAAGCACAGGCCCGCCCCUGGCAGCAAAGCCGUUGUCACCGGCUGGGGCACCACUUCAGAGGUAUUACAACGGGCGAACCAUCUCCGCCCGCAUGCUGUGCGCGGGCUUCACCAGCGGAGGCAAGGACUCCUGCGAAGGAGACUCCGGCGGGCCUCUGGUGAUCAAUGGUGAGCAGGUGGGCAUCGUGUCCUGGGGCUAUGGCUGCGCCCGUCCCAACUACCCCGGCGUCUACUCCAGCGUUGCCAACCUGCGCUCCUGGAUCAGCUCCAACACCGGUGUCUAA